GCCACUUCGUACUGCCAACUAUGUACGUACCACUUCAUAUAUACAGCUGUUGGUGUUACAAGUCGAACACUUUCCGUCCGCCUCUGUCCGGCAAACCCUCGUCCUAGUCUUUGCGCCCAGAGAUGGAGUGCCCUCGACAGCAUGGCUUCUUCAAUGAAAAAAACCGCCCACACCGGUUCCAGCUCCAAAACUUGGGGCGCUAACGAGGAUCUCAGCGCUGCUCCCCCAAAGAGCCGGGCCAAGCAACGAGAACCGCCGCCGGUGUUGUUCCUGCACCCAUCUCCUGGCGCUUCUCAUGUGUCUCUUCCUGGCGCCUUAGCCCCUGGUGCCCAAAUCCCCGGGCCGGCGAGCACAAGACGGGAUCAGCCCACGCUCGAGCGCAGCGUGUCGGUGCGCUCCGGUCCCGGGGCACCUUCCGAGGUUCAGCAGCGACCGGGUCGAGCCUUACUCACCGCGGCGAGCACUCGGAGCGCUGAUAGAACCGACGCACUAUGGGCAGAGAUGCAGGCGACCCUUGAGGAGGUGGAGCUCUCUGCCUCGGGGGGCACACAUGUUUUUGGCCCUGAGCAUGAUCACAAGUUGACAGAGCUACGGACGGCGCAGAUAGCCCUCGCUCAGGCGUGGGCUCGGAGUGAAGCCGAUGACGCAAUCGAGACAACUCUUGACGGCGACUUAGCCCCUUCGGCUGGCGACGACCUUCGCAACAUCAUGGUGAAUCUCGCGGAGGCACCGUGGGCGGGUGCCGACGAAACUGAUGCGGCAAAGAGUACCGUUGGGACGACUAGUGGUCGGCCAGAAAGCAGUAGUGGGGGUGCCGAUCUUCUCGGGGCCAAGCUAGAGGAAGAGACAGAAGUUGAUAUUUUGAUGGCUCGAAAGCGCCGCGAAGCAAACGACCGAUACUUUCAACGGGUCAACCAGGGCGUCAUAGAUGUUGUCGCCAAGCUGGAAGACGUUGCAGUGGCAAUGCGCGCAGUUGAGCAAGAAAGCAAAGAUGUCUGGCAUGGGGGUGGCUCACAUAGCUGAAAAAAAAUGUCAAGCAGUGCACAUUCAUAAUUGGUAGAGCGGUCAUGGCGUUCCCGGUUCACUGAGGGACCAUUGAGAUAGUAUAGUACGGAGUACGCCCGAAUGUAUGUACACAUCAGGCACGUUGUUUUAGAGUGGCCCUUUCCCUGGAGGAAGUUGGUCGUUAUGUUCCACAACAGUUCUUCCUACGUUGGUACCAACAUCGAUCUGUACGUGAGCGGAGGCGUUGCGGGCCAGCAACAGUUAGUAUUGUGUUGUCGUGUUUCGUGAUGGAGAUACGAGUCGCGCGACAACACUACUAAUAACCUCGUGCCUUACCUCAAUACUACUAUGUACUAAAG